CACGGUAAAGGGGCCUCUCAGCCGCCGCGACGCUCCUGUCUCACCACCCUCGUCGCACCCAUAGAACCGUAGGCGUGCGCAAAUAUCUGUCCGUGUCGCUCCCUCAUUCCUCCGGACGCAGCAGUUAUCACCCACAGUCGCCGCCUGCACUACGGAGCUGCCACGACACCUCCGCCCACAGUCCUUUCUCCCUCCUCCCCCUCCUCUGCAUCCUCCACAAUGGCCUCCACCAUGGCCGCCAAACGCCUCUUCUCGCCGCGCGAAAUCGAAGGCCUCAUCGCCGAGGGCCAGCUGAUUGUCAUCCACGAGGGCUUCGUGCUGCGGCUCGACGGCUGGCUCGAGAAGCACCCCGGCGGCCGGCUUGCAAUUCUGCACAUGGUGGGACGGGAUGCGACCGACGAAAUAAACGUGUACCACUUCCAGCACACGCUGCGGCUUAUGAAAGCCUACCGGAUCGGCCGGGUCUCGAUGCCCUGGAUCAACUUCGAGCCCCCCCUCCGUGGCGGGGUCUACCGCAAGCUCGGCAGCGAUGAGGCAGUGAAGCUCGACUGUCACAAGCCCUCCUGGACGCCCCAAAAUGCCCAACAGCGAGCAACGCCAGCCUUCAACCUCAACAUCGAACGACCCUACGACGAUGUCGACACAGGCGACGAAGAGCUCGUAUCGGCGCGGGGCACCUGGACUCCGCAGCCGCCGUCGCUCCGCUCAGACGUAUCUACCACCCUGUCGCGAGCAGCGUAUACCGCAGCACUAGAGCAGGAGGAGAUCGCCAAAGACAUCCGCUCAAACCCGUCGCUGGACCUCGAGACGCAGCGUGCCAUCACACUGGAAUACCAGGCCCUUCACGAGCGGGUCAAGAACGAGGGCUACUAUGACUGCCGCUACUCGGAGUACGGCAAAGAGUCCAUUCGCUAUUGUCUCCUCUUCAGCACAUUUAUAUUCUUCCUCACCAAGGGAUGGUAUCUUACAUCUGCAUGCUUCCUGGGCAUGUUCUGGCAACAAAUCAUGUUCGUUGCGCAUGACGCGGGACAUCGCGGCAUCUCAGGCAACUUCAUCGCUGACACCCUGAUCGGCGCCUUUGUCGCUGACUUCUGCUGCGGCCUCUCCAUCGGCUGGUGGAAGAGCUCCCACAAUGUCCACCAUCUCAUCACUAACAUGCCCGAACACGACCCGGACCUUCAAAACGUCCCUCUUUUCGCUAACGGCCCAUCCUACUUCAGAGAUAUGCUCAGCACCUUCUACAACUUCACUUUCCCCUGGGAUGCCGCCGCCGACUUCCUGGUUCCUUACCAAAAGUACACCUACUACCCUAUCAUGGGCGUUGCCCGCUUCAACCUCUACCUCCUUUCAUGGCUGCACCUCAUGUCGCCCCGUGCCGCCAACCUUGGCUCCGCCUGGUGGACACGCCCCGUCGAGAUUGCCAUGAUGGCCUGCUACUGGUACCUCUUCGGCUGGUGCCUUCUCUGGAAGACGCUCCCUGACUGGCCCACCCGUGUCGCCUUCGUCCUCAUCUCCCACAUCAUCACCAUGCUGCUGCAUGUCCAGAUCACACUGUCGCAUUGGGGCAUGUCGACCGCCGACCUCGGCCCGACUGAGUCCUUCCCCCAGCGCCAGCUCCGCACCACCAUGGACGUCGACUGCCCCCAGUGGCUCGACUUCCUCCACGGCGGCCUCCAGUUCCAGGCCGUCCAUCAUCUCUUUCCCCGAGUCCCGAGGCACAAUCUCCGCAGACUUCAAGUGCUGAUCCGCGAGUUCUGCCACAAGACCGGUAUCGAGUAUAAGUGCUACGCAUUCGUUGAGGGCAACAAGGUUGUCGUGGGCCGAUUGGCUGAGGUUGGCAAGAUGGUUGAUAUCCUCGUGCAGUGCCAGCAACAUAUGGCUACGACAGGAGACAGCGGCUUACACUAAAUGAGUUAGAUUCAGCAUGGGAACAAGAUCGGACCUUGCAUGGCCUGACUGGCGUUUUUGGUGGCAUGGCAAAUACACGGUAGCGAAUUACACGGUGUAGAAUCAUUUCUCUUUUGUUUGUCCAAAAAAAAAACAAGCACGAUAGCGGCUGUCCCUUUUCCUAGCGUUUUCUUUCCCGUUGUUUAUAAUUUCGCUACUUCAUAGGCCCCCCUUUCCAAGAGAAGUAUCUUCGUAUUAUGAUACAAGGGCCUAAG